AUGGCUCUUUUAGCUUAUAUUAACCCAUUUAAAGUGUAUCGCGAUUUAGUUCGUCGUCCAAUCGAGAGUUUUGUUACCGAACAGUACAUAAGCUAUAGAAAGAAAACCAGCGAUGGUAUAACAAGUGUGAAGGAGCUUUUAUAUAGAGCUGGUGUUGUGUCAGUGUUUUUAUCAGCUAUAUUAUGGAUAUCCAUAUUUAUGUAUGUAGUUUUCUACUAUACGUAUAUGCCGAACGUGACUCACGUACGACCUGUUCAUCUUCAAUUCAAAUCUUGCGAUGAAAACAUGGGAGUCUGUUCGUUCCCGUCAGCCCAUGUUCAAUUGACUCGUCGGAAUCAAGUGUUGAUGUCGUCUCAACCAUAUAAAGUACGUCUAGUAAUGGAUGUACCGGAGACACAAAUUAAUAAAGAUUUAGGUAUGUUCAUGGUGUGUGCUCAGAUGAGAGCCUCCGGCGGGGCGCUCGUGUCAUCCUCAUGUCGGUCAGCUAUGUUGAAGCACAGAUCAAAAUUGCACCACGUGUUACGUACUCUGGCCUUCGCUCCACUAUUGAUAUCAGGUAUCAAUGAGGAGAAGCAAACACUGCAGGUCGAACUAUUCAGCGACUUUGAAGACGAUCAGUCCCACCCAGUGACGGACGCGUACGUCGAGCUACAAUCUCGAUACAUACAAGUGUUGUCGUGUGAGUUACAUAUAGAAGCUCACUUCACCGGCCUCAGAUAUGUGAUGUACUACUGGCCGAAAAUAUCGGCUCUCAUUGGUAUAUCAUCAAAUCUAUUCUUCGUAUCGCUGAUGUUUAUUCUGAGUUGGUAUCAUUUACAAGAUGGACUACCGGAUUAUAUAAAGGUGAAACUCGGUAUUGAAAUAAAAAAUGAGAAAGCCGAUGAUGACAAGAAAUUCAUUGGUAAAGUGAAAUUGGAAAGGGAAGAUUCUUUCCCCUUCAUAGAAGAAGAGUCACUUCUAGAAGAAUUUCAUAAGUUGGAAAAGAAAAAGACGGAGACUGGAAAUUUAUAG